AGAUAUUCUAUCAAAAAGUAAUAAAAUGAGGAGAACAUACAUACACAUUUAUUUACUCUUAUGCAUUGUGCGUUAUGAGCUAUCAUUGCCACCACUAUAACAACCGUGGCUUUGAAAAAAAAAUACAAUGACGUUCAAUAUUAUCUGGACCAGCCACCGUAAACAAAAUAUGUCGAAUACAUUUUACGUUCAGUUUCAAAUGCUAAGCGGAUGAGCGCGCAUACGUCAGUUGAUCUUGAGGAAAUUUUUUAAAAAGUAGAUUAUUAAAUUUACUUUUUACAAGACUAGAUCCUAGUAUAUUUUGAAAAUAGAAAUUAAAAAUGGGAAGUUUACGAAGAGACAAUUAUUCGGGUUCGAAAAAAUUAAGAGAAGAAUUUAUAUAUCAUAUUCUUCAGUGGAACCCAAAAUGGUUUACAAAAGGAAAUGAAAGUACUGUUGAAUUAAAAAAAAUUUUGCCAUUACAAAUAAAGCCGUCAUUAUUAUCGUACGAUAGUUUUCAUGAUUAUUAUCAAACUCAGUUAUUAUAUUUGCUUUAUGAUUUCUGGGAUCACAUAAAAGUGAGUUCGGAAAUUCGCAGUAAUAAUGUUCAUAAUACUUACAAAUUAUUUGAUAAUUCGGAAUUUAAAACUCUAUUUUCACGUAGAUAUACUGAAGUCGAUUCUGAUAACCACCAGAUUUUGCACUUGAAAUUACGCUCAUCAAAGUCUUUGUCACACACAAUUAUUCCAAGUGUUGGUACUCUGGUUAAAUUUAAAAAUCCGUUGGAAAAUAAUGACGAACAGUUUGCAUUAAUUCAAAACAUUGUUCAGGAUCAAAUGCAUGGUCAAGUAAUAUAUGAAAUAGCAAUAAAACACAUGGAAAGAAAAAAAAUUCCAAACAUUAUUUGUCUAGUAUCAGUAACUUUGACAUCAUUCUAUAUGACACUCAUUGACUCAUUGAUAAAUCUCCCGCAAACUCCGUUGUGUCAAGCGGUUCUAAAACCUACGAUUGAUAAUUACGAAUUCUCAUCAGUUGAUGAUGAUAAAGUUAUUGCUGUCACAGAGGACACUCUUAGCUCGAAGCAAUUGGACAUUAUGGCAAGAGUUGUUAAAACAGUCGAGGAAAACAAACCUAAAAUAUGCAUGAUCUCAGGACCCGCAGGCACUGGAAAAUCAAAAAUUAUCGCUAAUUGCGUUUUUUCAAUGCUGAGCAGACAGAGCACUGAAAGAAUCUUAGUUUGUGGACAGUCAAAUUUAGCAACUGAUUUAAUUACUCUAGAGCUAAUGGGUCAAAAAUCAAAACUUGGAAGAGAUGGCAUAAGACUUAAUGUGAUUCGUCUAGGUUCAGAGGAAAAAAUGAACGAAGAAGUCAAAUCAGUGUCAUUUGCAAGUCUGAGGAAAAAAUUCCGACGCCAAAAUCGUUCAAUAAUUUUAAGAAAUGCUAAUGUAAUUUGCAGUACUUUAGCGUCUUGUUCGAAUAAUUAUAUUCUACCUUUUUUCAAAGACAUACCGGUAUCAGUUUGUCUUAUUGAUGAAGCACCACAAGCUAUAGAAAUUGAAACAUGUAAUCCACUGAUGCUUGGUGUAAGAAUUUUAAUUCUUUUCGGUGACUCACAGCAAUUCUGCCCCAAAGUAUAUUCUGAGGAAGUACUUGAGAACAAUUUAGGAAAAUCUCUGUUUUGGAGAGCACAAAAAAUAUUUGAAAAAGAAAAAAAUAACCCGAUUUUGACACUAGAAGACCAAUAUCGAAUGGCAGAUGCAAUUGCAGAAUGGCCCAAUAAGUUUUUCUACAAGGGUAAAUUAAAAAAUUGCGCUUCCGUUCGACCUCUGGGUUUUUACAACUACAGAGUACUCAAUCACUCGUCUCCUGAAGAAGAAGGAGGCUACGUGAAUAUUGGAGAGGCUAAAUUAGUAGCCAAUAUUGCCUACACUCUAAUGACUCAAGCAAAAUUAGAGACUUUGAGUUCUAAAAUAGAUAUAGGUAUCAUUGCAUACUCCGAUUUACAGCGUGAUUCAAUAAUAGAGGUGCUGGAUGAAAGGACAUCUGAUAUUUAUAACGAUCGUAAAGAUAAAUUUCAGUUGGCUGUAGUGAAAAUGGGAGACGCGUUCCAAGGAUCAGCUUGUGAUAUUAUCAUCCUGUCAUGUGUCCGUAGUCUAGAACCUAAAUUUAUUGAUAAUCCAAAUCGGCUGUGUGUCAGUUUAACCCGUGCAAAACAUACUCUCAUUAUUUGCGGCAACUUUGCUGAAUACAACCAAAAUGAUAUGUGGGACUUGCUUAUCAAAGAUGCGCAAAAACGUAAUUCAUACUUUACCAUUGGUCAUAAUGAUGAAUCGAGUACCCUGAAGCAGUAUCUAAUUUCUGAUAAUUAGAAAAAAGAAUUCUUCUAACAAUUUUUUUAAGAUAUUUUAUCAAAAAGUAAUAAAAAAAAGGAGAACAUACAUACACAUUUAUUUACUUUAAUGCAUUUUGCGUUAUGAGCAAUCAUUGCCAUCACUAUAACAACCGUCGCUUUGAAAAAAGAAAAACAAUGACGUAAGUCAUAGAGUGAGUUGAUGUAGAUCAUGACAUGAGAUUAUUAUUCUCGUUGUAUUUCCUCCCAUUCUUUCGUAUUAAAUAUCAUAAUAUUGGAUCUAAAGAAAAAUAAUUUUAUAACUUUGUUUAUCGUAGUGUGACUCUGUGUAAUCUUUUAAAGCUUUGGAAUUGUUAAUUAGCAAAUGCCAUUCUUAGAAAAAUAUUAAUAAAGAUAAAAACUCCUCCAUUAUACAACUAUGCACAUUAUUAUCAUUUAUUUAAAAGGAACAAUGAGCACCUAAAAGAAUUAUAAUUAAAUA